AUGUUGCUCCAGCAGCAGAGCACAGGCAGCUCGGGCAGCAAAAGUGGCAGAAGCUUCAGGAAGUCUGGAGAUGAAGUUGUUCCGCCGCGCUCGGUGGAGCAGGAGGAGGUGGAGCCUGAAGCUGCGCAACACAGCGUGAGGAUGAAACAGACCGUCGUCCAGGCGGAACCUGCUCGCUACAGAGAACCAUCUGGCGGCCCGUCGCGAGAACAAGACCUGGAUUUCUUGUGUUGCAACCAGAGCUGCCCUGGAGACUACCGCAAGAGCACUGUGGAGGCGCAGCAUUACGCGCAGCGGAAAUUUAUAGUGCAACAGGCAGCUGCCGCUGCGCACGCUCAGCAGCAAACGGCAGGCGGAAAGAGGGCCACGUCCUCGCAACAGGACCGAGUGCACUUCGACAAUGGCAACGACCUAUCGGUGACUGCAGGUGGAGGCCCGACGGAGCAGACAAGUAGCACAACUUCAGCAGAUCAUCAUUUCUGUGGAGGUGCACAUGAUCUUGCCAGCCCCGAGCAUCAUGCUCCUGCCCCUGCGUCAACGAAUCAGCUCCGAGAGCAGGACAAGAAAAAAGCGUACCGCCCCGGCGCUCCCAGAGCAGCAUCCCGGUCGGACAUACUCCCGGACGCUCGGGCAGCUCUCGUGGCCGCCGCGACGACCAGCACUCCCGGUCUCCGGGGCCGCGACAUCGCGAAUUGCAGCGAAGGGGAAAGAACAAGUUUUUCCACACAAACGCUGCAAAAACGGCUCGACCUGUUUCGGUGUACCUCCUCAAACCUGCCGGCGGAAGAAAGGUGGCUGCAAAGGCGGAAUCUGGUCAGCAGAAAGCCGCACUCUGUUUUAGGACGCUUUGCUCGUAGCCGCGGAAGGAAGGUACUUAUUUUUUCAUACAUAACAUUAUGCUGCGGUAUAGUUUUUCUUUUUCACGUUCUCCUAAAUCUGAAUCCGAUAGAUCCCGAGGGGCCGCGUAUCAGCCCAAAAGCUUCAUAAAUGUGCUUGCUGCGGCCAAUAUAUCAAAUCGACUAUGAAAAUUUAGAUGGACAAUAAAUUUAAAUUAGAAGGAGCCUCGGAGGCAGCAUAUUUGAAUGAUGAUAAUUAUUGAAAUAGGAAUUCAUACGCAUUACUAUCCAUAGAACACCAAGAUCAGGCAGAUCGGUUCAAAGUGAUAAAUCAAAACUGAUUGGCACGAAAUUGAACUUCACCGAAGGUGAAGAUGAUCCAAAGAAUGCGCUCCAUCUGGCAAGCUGAAAAAUAUCGGUAAAGCCAAAGUAUGAAGUCUCUGUGUCGGUCAUGAUCUGUGGAAGGAUAUUGAUAAUUACGAUAGUUAUGAAAUGAAUGUUGCAGCUAUUGCUAGGAUCAGUGUCUGUGUGGCUACACUUUCUCCUGUUGUGUUGACGCCAACUGCUGCUCAACUAUACUCACUGCGAUACAGGUCAUUUUUGCGGCGUUUUAUUUCCAGCACUAUGCUCUGAUUUAUCGGAUUACUUCGUGCUGAGGUCUGCGUACCUUGGUACGAAUUUCUAUUUGUGCCCACCAAAGUUAGCUUUUAACUUCUUUUUAAAGACGUCACGGUGUCAAAACACGCUCACCUCCUCAUCCAAGAACAUUUUGCGUUCGUCGAGACAGCAUUUAAAACGCUAAUCGGACGAUGAAUUCUGACGAGCCAACCACGCUUGAAGAUCUGUUUUCCCCGAAAUCUGUUCAGGAUGCUGCGGGGCGCUUUUCCGAAGACGUUGACUCUGUGGAAAACAUCACGCGCGCCAGCCAGCAUCAGCAGGCCACCCCGAGCACACCAGCAGCAGGCGAUCAUGAUAACCCAGCUUCCGAAGGCCGGACGGUCGGCGUGAAUGACGCGGUGCGCCGGGAGUUGCAGGAGUGUUCUUCGCUCACCGCAGCGGAGCGGCGACGGAACUACCUGGCGCUAACCGGGAAGUUGCCCUCACAGAAAUCGCAGCACUUGCGGAAGUCCAGAUCGCAGCAACUGUACGAAAAGCAACAGCAGCACAUAGCAAAUGAGGACGAGCUGGAUACUUUACUGCACGACGACGGCGCCCGCUUGCGCAUGCAGUGGCUGGCACUAUCCUCUGCGUCGCGGGAGAGCGUUACCAGCAGCCAAAAUUUGGUGAACAACCGACGGCUGCGGUCCUCCAUUUCCCCGUCCACGGUACAUAACAUGAUCAUGUCCUCGUCCUCCCGCCCUGGCACGAAUACUCUGGUGAACACUGGCGCAAUGACGAACACGGCAAGUAAACUCUCCACGAUUAGCAAUGAGCACGAGGAGCAGACUACUGCGCACUUCGGAUUAGUGCUCCACCCCUCGAGCAGUGGCCCGUCGUCAGAGCGGGGAAAUUAUCUGAUGGACAGGAUGGAGGUAGGACAUCAAGGUCUGCAUCAGCAGCAGAUCGAUUUUUCCCCCGCCGACCAGGUAGAAGACAAUUUGAGCCUUGUCAGUCCGCCACCACUGCCAACGGGGACGGACGAAAGGACUCUGCAACGCGCACUGAGCAACGAAAGUGCCAUCGAGCCGAGAAGGGACCCACACGAUUCCUUUCUGCACAGCAUGUCGAGGCCUCUCGCGGGAAGAAGAGCAGUGCAAGACUUGAUGUUUCCCGCGGAUAGAGCUGCUGCAGCUCUACCUCCGGAGGGGACGAUGAAUCAUACGUCGAAUCAUCCACAACAAGUCCAUCUUUCCGUACCACAGAACGCGGCCAUGGCCGGUCUUACAACUGGGUCGUGUGCGGAUACGAAUCUAGCGGAACAAAUGAGGCCAGGAAUGAUGAAUCACGUUCACGAGCCCACAACACCCGUCGCCCCUGCGCCUGCAGGUCCUGCUGCGGAGUUGAGUAAGAAGAACAUUCAGCAACACGACCGAGAAAACGCUCCGCGUCCCAUCGUGCCGGUUGUGGGCGGCGGUCUUGGGCAACAUCACCUAGUACAGCCAGGCUUCAGUGGUCCUCACAGUCCUCAACAAUUUUUACUGCCCGGUGGUAAAAAUUAUAUACCGACAGCCCCACCACACGGAGCUGCUGCUGUUCCUACCACUGCCCUCGCGGGGCCUGGUGGUGUGAAAAAGGGCGGUGAGGACUUGCGCUACAAGUCGCCUUUUGACGAAACCUUGGAGCGCGGCGCCACCUUAGACUGGGAUGACCUGUCGUUCGAGGUGCAGGGGAAAAAGAUCCUUCGCCACUGCUACGGCCGACUCUUCCCCGGGGAAGUCGCGUGCCUCAUCGGCCCCUCGGGUGCGGGAAAAUCGACGUUGAUGAACCUGCUGGCCGCGAGACAGCGGUGGAGGGGGCCGGGAUUGAAGCUUACGGAGAACUGCAUAAGGUUCGGCGGCCGGGUCGCGGACUACGAGGGAUUGAAGGAUUCCGUUGCGCUGAUCAUGCAAGCCGAAUCUUUCGUCGAAACGCAAACGGUGGAAGAGUCACUCCGCUUCGCGGCAAUUUUACGAGGCUGCGCAGCAGCGGGCGAGUCGACCACGGAGGAGGAUUUCUUCGGGCCCUACUUGUCCGACAGCAGUUGUGAGGAGGAAGAAGAUCUGGAUGUCGAUACAGCAGGAAGAGUGGAUCAUCCAGCAGCCGUGGUGGCCGAGGAUUUCAGUCCGGAAAACGAGAAAUUCGAUCUCGAGUCCCAGCAGCCCAUGUUGCCAAAUAAGGAUCAUCGACGUCGUGGUGGAGAAAAGGAUAAAGCCCAACCAUCACGGUCAGGAAGAAUCUCCAAUGGAAAUAGGAACAAGACGAGAACCAACCAGGAUAAGAUCCGGCGGAAGAUGAAGCGGAAGAACAAAAAAGAGACACUCAGCCUGAUUGACCAGAAGAUCAACGACGUUUUAGGCAUGCUUGGCCUCGACACUUGCCGAAACGUCCCGGUUCUGCGAAUAUCGGGCGGGCAAAAGAAGAGAUUGGGAGUUGCGCUUGAGCUUAUCGCCGACCCCAAGAUAUUGUUUCUGGAUGGUACAGUGUGAUUUUUUGUAAAAUAGAACUAAAUAGAAGAUGUUGAUGUUGCAAAGAAUUAUAUGCUUAAUUCAUUGCGCGAAAUCUUUUCCCUUUCUUAUUCUUUCCCUUUUCGCUCACCCUGAAUGACUGUGACAGAGGCGCUAGUAUAAUUAUCCGAGACAUACACCACGACUACAUCCUCAACACACGACAGAACCAACUUCCGGCCUGGACUCCUUUUCGUCCCUGCAAUUGGUCCAAAACCUCCGCACCAUAGCCCGGGAGAAGCAGGCGAUCAUUUGCCUCACGGUGCACCAGCCCGGGUCGGAUCUGUUCGCCCUGUUCGAUCGGGUUUACUGCAUGCGAUACGGAGAGAUUCUGUUCCACGGUUUGAACAAAAACUUGGAUAACGUGCUCCACAUGAUCAACCCGAACGCGAUCCGCGAAGACGCAGCAGCAGCAGACCGGGAAAACCGCAUAAAAAAACGCCGAAUUGAAGGAGAAGCCGGGUCCGACGACCCGAUCUUCGGAAUGGGUAUUGGUAGUAAAGUAGCGGCGAACUACGGCAGUGGUUCUCCUUCUCGAAGAUCUCGUGUUCGUGCUGGAAUAAAUAAGAGAAAUGAAACAACAGGAGCUGCGGUCGUUCCUCCUGCGUAUCCUCCUGGUGCAGAUUUCGCUACAUCAACCUCCUCCAACAGUCUUAACAACGUUCUGAAUUCGACCAACCAGCACAGCAGCCAAAACGAUCUGGACUUCGCCCUGGCGGUGCAAAACGCGAGUGCUUUUGACGUGAAUUUUACGACGGAUAACGAAAGAACGCCUUCGCCAACUGGUGCUCGGAGAAAGAACAUUAACCGAAAAAUUCCAGACAAUUACGAUGCGAGAAUUAGUCCGGAGGGCCAAGCUGCCAGACCACUUGGUGAUGAAGUAGAAGCUGCUGCUGGUACAAAAAGUUCUGGCGCGGCGGCAACACCUAGACCAGAAAUUCUGAGCAGCAACCGCCCUGUUGUUCCCCAACUCCCAGAUGACGAAUUUAUUAAGCGAACUACCUCCACUACCACGUCCAGUCCGGGUAACAUCUCCCGCGCCGGGCAAGGAAAUUCGCCCUCUCAUGGUGCCGUGCUCGCAGGACAGUUAUUUGUCGCCGAUCAUGGUGGUGCACCAGCAAGAACAAUGAAUGGAGCGUCUACUUCUUCUGCAACUGAGUUUGUGUUUCCACAAAUCGCAGCAAAUUACCCAGUUGCAGAUUCAAAACAAGAACUCCCAGCAUCGAUAAUUGUCGGAACGGGCCCCGCUUCCUCCUCCUCCGCCGGCUUCGUUCCGCAGACUUCUGAUGAUCGCCAGCACCAGCCUCAACACCACGGUUGCGUGGAACUCUGCAGGUUUAUGCGGUCCUGGACGAUCCCGGGCUUCGUCGCGAUGUGUGGCCACCCGAUUCCGCUGGAGUUUUCCACCUGCGAUUGGCUUUUGAACCUGGCCCAGUCGCUGGAGGAGGCCGAGAUCAAGUCGAUCAUUGAGAAAUCGCGGAAAAUUUUUGACGCGGGCCUGGUCUCAGUCUCCGAUUUUGAAGUAAUCGUGGAGAAAGCCAAGCAGGAAGCCCUGAAAAACGGCAGCGGAAGCGGAAAAGCAGGCCGCGGAUCGACAAAUUCGGAAAGAAUUUUUGCGAACGUCGUAUCAACGUCUACGCCAAAAAAAGCAGCAGAGCCACAGUUUUCACCUUCCAAUUAUGCCACCGACGACCCCCACCAGGAUGAACACGAGAUGGACCUGUUCCUGCAAAAUCGUAUUUCCGCACUCUCUCCCGUUGGUACUAGCCGGGACGAGAUGAAGGGGUUGGAUCUGAUAGAGAACGACUACGACAUCCGGAGUCUGUCCCAAAGAAGUAGCACCGACGUGGUUCUUCUACCGCCUAUUUCCAAAGAACACUAUCAUGAUGACCGCGAAAGUGGUACUUCUGCUUCAGCUGCACGACCAGCGGUAUCUGAAAAACACCCAGAGCAGGUGGCUUUCCUCGAUGGUAGUGGCCAGCACCACCAGCAACUUCCCCGCUCCUCCGGUUCCACCUCCAUCUACCACCAGCCCUACUCGACCCAGAAGCUCCGCCCCCGGGCCCGGCCGUCCUGCAUGGCGCAACUGUACUGUCUGACGAAGCGAGAAGUGUCCCACACCUUUCGCUCGCUCUUUUCGCUCAUUUUCCGCACGUUCACGCCGGUGAUCCAAGUCGUCCUCUACUCCAUCGCCUUCAUGAACACGGGCCGCAACCUCGCCACCGGGGUGGAGAUCGGCCCCGACGGGAAUCUGCAACCCAUGACGAGCCGGGCGCAGUUUUCGGCCAGGAUCCGGGAUCUCUUCAUCUCCAUCGCGACGGUGUAUUUCAUGUCCUUCACCGCGGGCGCGCAAGUGGUGAUUCUGAACAUUCCGAAGGAGCGAGCGGUGUUUAUGGCGUUCUCAAACGUUACAUUCUCAACUGUUACAUGAAAUUUGUAAUGCAAGAAUGGCAAAAGUGAAACGGGAAACGUUGCGCCUUUUGCAUUACAGGUUUGGAGCAGAUUGUAAUGCUAUCUAGCGCGUCGAGAAGUUGUCAUGCGGAGAAGGCUUGAUCGUGUUAAGAGUGAUAGUGUUUUUGCAUGACAAAUCAUGUAACAGUUGAGAAUGUAACAUUUGAGAGCGCCAUAGUGUUCCUGCGGGAGUACACCAGCAAUCUGUACUCCGCGAGCAUCUACUUGCUGUCGAAAAUGCUGGUGGAGCUACCGUAUCCUGUGCAAAAGCAUCGUACUCGUAGUAAUUGCAGUCAUGCAUGACAAAUCUGGUUCCUUAGCUUAUUCAGCAUUACAAAUUCCAUUUUUCCUUCUGCAAAAAUUUGUAUGUAAUGCUAUCUCUACUAGUACGAUACUUUUGCAAUGCAUAUACCGAUCACGUUGUUUCAGACACUGCUGAUUGCGGCGAUUAUGAAGGGCGGCUACGGGUAUAACAGCGGGUUUUUGGAAAUGUGGUAUCGCGAGGAAAAAUGCCCCCAGCCCCAAAGUUGCAAAAAUUUGUGAUGCAAAGUUUCCAAAUGAAAACUUUUUGUCAUGCAUGAAAGGAAUAUGAACCUUUCUGAUGCAGAGUCUAGGUGUGUGUCGCGUCGCUUGCAUGACAGGCGCCGCUAUUGCUGGGAUCUUUUGCAAUACGAAUGUUUGCUAUUCACGAUCGGAAAUCUGUGAUGCUGAUAGAUGCAAGAGGGCGAAUGUUUCAUUUGGAAAGGUUUGCAACACAAAUGCUCCCAAGUUCGGGGGUGGGGGCAUUUUUCAUUGUAAUAUGUGGCUGCUGUUGUUUCUGUCCAUGUCGUCCGGCGGGGCGGUUGGGGUGGCGAUUUCCACGUCGACGACCAUGCCGGAGGUGUCGCUCGUGCUGCUCACCGUGAUCACGAACACCAUCCCCGCGUGCUUCGCCGGCGUGAUGCGGGCUUUAUCGCAGAUCCCCGCCUGGAUCCGGUGGCUGAAGCACGUGAUCCAGAUGUCGCACAUUAGCGCCGCCAUGGCGAUGAUUGAGUUCGACAGUAUCGGCACUGUGUCGGAAAACGCCGAAUACCAACAGUACUUCGAGGAGGAACGGAAGAGCUUCUUCGAAGGCAACGACAUCCGGAAGGAAUUGCUCGCCUAUUAUUUCAGCAUGGCGCUGCUGCUCUGGUUCGUGUUUCGAGGCUUAGGAAUACUGUUCCUCAAGGCAAAUGCGAAGAGUGCGAUUGAUUGAUAAUUAGAGAUUAUUGAAUAAAGUGUGGCGGUCUCAUGUCUUGGCGAAGGAAGAACAAAAGCGAGGUAGUAGUGGUUUUGAGAACUACAUGCACAGUGGUAAUUACGACUCUUAUUUAAAGAGGGCACUGAUACAGAGGCGCUUCUCUAUAUUUUUCAUGAUAGCGCUCUAGACAUCGAUUCUUUUGGUGUUUUGGUUUUGUGAUGAGAAGUAGGUGGAGUAGAUGUAGUAGUGGUUUAUUCCCCUCCUCCUGCUAAAGUAUUGCAACACAUACCUUCCAGCUGCGCAAGCGCGGCCACGUCCACCCAGAGCUACUUCUGAUCACAGUAGUUCUCCGAAGCCGUAGACUUUUCGACGUUUCAGGAGUAUUCAUUUCCAAGAAAUAGAUAGAAAAGAAUGAAGACCACAUCGAAAGAACCCCGCUACGCUGAAACCUCGCAACCACAAAAGAGUGAAGGAGACGCUCAUUCUUACUCGCGCAGCAUGUCACCAGCCUAUAUAUGUAGCAAGGACCUCCCCCCCCGCCGAAACGUUAUUUUUAUCGCAGCACAACCCUUCCCUCCAUCCCCGGACUCCCUUUGAAUAAUAUGGUCUUGCACACAUUGCAAUCGCCCGAGCACGAGCUCGAAU